AUGGCCAACUCGAGCUCCAGGCCGCCGCCAGGAGGGGGCACAUGGGCGACGCCUCACGACUGGGCAACGCACCGCACUACCAUUACGGCUCUCUACGAGGGCCAAAACAUGACGCUCAAGAAGAUCAUGCAGACAAUGGAAGCCGACCACAAGUUCUUUGCAACAGAGAGAAUGUACAAGUCCCGGCUCAAGCAGUGGGGCCUUCGAAAGAACUACAGGUAUGAAGAGGUGAACGAGAUCAUCCGCCAGCAGCAGAGCACGCGUCCUGCUACUGCUACCGGGGCAAGAUCUAGUGGUGCCCCGGUGGCAGCGGCAGGGUCUCGUAUACGGAAGGGAACUGGCCGCCGAGUUCGGCCGUAUCGCAAACAGCCAGACAAUACUCCCGCACCUAUCAUAGUACGGUAUGGGCAGCAGCGGGUCAGAAGGCCAAGCGCCGUGUCAGUGUUGCAACGUCUGACACCACCGCCGACGGGGAUUGGGUGCCGAGCUCCUUCACCACCAGGAUCACCCGAGAUUUCCAUUCUGUUUCCUCUCACGCCUCCAGCCGACCUGUACUACCCAGAGGAAUGCAGUUUCCACAUCCAGAGAUACUGCGCUGGGGCCUUUGAAAAGGGCAUCUGGGCGCUCGAGACACCAGGUUGGAUGAACACAAACCGCAGCGUGGUAGACUGGUUCAACAGGAUGGCGCUCGCCAGGGGAGCCCUCAGCGGCGGACGCACACAGCAGGGCUUUAAACUCUUGCAGCUCUGCUUUGACGAGUACAAGGACAUGAUACUGACACAAGACCCGCGGCUGAUGCUCUACACCACCGUCUCCUUGUUCUUGCUGGUUGGGUAUCCAGAAGUUGUCAGCAUGUUGAUGAAGUACAUUACACGCCUAUCGAAAAUCCUACAGGGGCCCUUUCACCCCCUGCACCAGAUUAUGGCCGCGCUUGAUCAGAUGGGGUUGGAAAAGAUGCAAGAUAAUGCGCGGCUCAUUUUUGAUGCGCAGAUUGCCGAGUUUGCGAGAUACUUGCCACCCGAGAACGAAGUGCUGCAGAGCAUGGCAGUCUUUUCCAUACGGAAUCUGGCAGUGACUGGUCUGAUUGACACUGAUGUUGCCCAGGCCAAGCUACUCGCGCUGCCUCGCAGUGCCGACAAUGGACGUAUAUCCAUGGCCACGGCACAGGUGCUGAUGAUGGGCGGCCGCUACAAGGAGGCUCGACAGGUUGUCGAAGAGUUGCUGGCUUCGGGAACCAAUCGUUCUCGAACCUUAGCGGGUGCUUUUGAUACGCUGUUUCUAAUAUGCCGUUACGAGGGUGAGGAACAGACUAUCCGGGAUGCAUCAAACAGGCGAAUCAAUUUCUGUCUCGAGACCUUUGGAACCGACAAUGACUGGACCGUGGAUGCGUGCAACGACUACGAGACAUAUCUGCGAGAGAUUGGCGAUGUAGAAGGCGCCAGCAAAGUCUUUUCGAGCUUUGGAGUAAACAUGGAAAGGCUGACCGAAGGAGUGGCUGAGCUUGAAAUCAAGUAA